AUGGGCGAGGAACCUCGGCGGUCGCGGGGUCAUCGUGGGGGGAUGCACCGGCGUGCAGACAAGGGAACGCGCGCUGAUGGGCUACUGGUCCAAGGCCUGAGGAGUAAACAAUUAUGGUUGCGGGAGGGUGAUCGUACUUCAAAAUAUUUUCAUGCCAAACCAACUUCUAGAAGACAGUCAAACGUGAUCCAGCGCCUGAAAAAUACUGCUGGAGAGUGGGUGGGCUGGGAAACCGUACUUCCUGAUACUGUGGUAAAUUAUUUUCAGCAUUUGUUUCAUGAUUCAGCUACUGACUUCUCUUCUGUCAUUAAUUGCGUCCCUCAUUUGGUCGCUGAAGACCAAAAUGCUUUGUUGCUUGAGGAAGUUACCCGUAUGGAAAUCAAGAAAGCUUUCUUUCAAAUGCAUCUCGAUAAGAAAAUUCCUGAGCAAAUGGGUGAUCUUCGGCCUAUAUCGCUUUGUAAUGUUCUUUACAAGGUCGUUUCAAAAGUAAUUACCAAUAGGAUGAAGUUUAUUUUGCCAUCAGUUAUCUCUACUAAUCAAAGUGCAUUUUUGCCGGGUCGUUUAAUUUCCGACAAUAUUAUGAUCUCUUAUGAGGUUACGCAUUCAAUGAAACGGAAAAGAAUGGGAAAAGAUGGUUUUAUGGCAGUUAAGCUUGACAUGAGCAAAGCUUAUGAUAGGGUUGGUUGGGCUUUUCUUGAAGCUAUGUUGGCUCAAAUGGGGUUCAACUUGAGAUUCGUUGCUCUUAUAAUGUUUUGUGUGACGACUAUGAGAUAUAAUGUUACCAAUGGUGGAAAGACUAUGGGACCGAUUGUACCAGGCCGUGGGAUACGACAAGGGGACCCCAUAUCUCUGUACUUAUUUCUGGUUUGUGCUGAAGGUCUGUCUUCGCUUUUAACUCUUUAUGAGCAACGUAGAUGGUUAACUGGUUGUAGAGUGGCUAGGAGUGCUCCUCGGGUUUUACAUAUGCUAUUUGCUGAUGAUAGCUAUGUGUACUGUAAAGCGAAUGUGAGUGAAGCUACACAUGUGAUGCACCUUCUUCAAAUAUAUGAGCAAGCGUCGGGCCAACAGGUGAAUUAUUCUAAGUCUUCAGUCUUUUUCAGCAAGAAUUGUUCUGUUGAUACUCGAUCUAGUGUGUGUCAACUCAUGGCAAUGGUGGAGGUUGGGGAUGAUAGCUUCUAUCUUGGAUUACCAUGUAUUCUGGGCCAAAACAAGAAAGCUAUUCUUGGUUUUUUACAAGAGAAGAUGAAGAAGAAAAUCUUCACUUGGGAGAGUCGGUUUUUAUCGAAAGCUAGCAAGGAGGUUUUACUGAAGUCUGUUGCUCAGGAAUUGCCUUGUUAUGCCAUGAGUGUGUUCUUGUUAACGAAGGAGAUUUGCUCUAACCUUGAAGGGUUGAUGGCUAAGUUUUGGUGGAAGUCCCAAUCACAAUCGGGGUCUAAGGGAGUGAGUUGGAUGAGUUGGAAAAGUUUGAGUAGACAUGAGAACGAUGGCGGUAUGGGCUUUCGCGAUCUUCGGGAUUACAAUCUUGCUUUCCUUGGUAAACAAGGGUGGCAGCUUUUGACUAAUGAAGACUCUUUAGUAAGACAGAUAUAUAAAGCUCGGUAUUACCCCUCGGGUAGUUUUCUUACUGCUACCUUGGGACAAAACCCAAGCUUUAUUUGGAAAAGCAUUUUGGAAGCGCAAGGUUUGGUUCAAGCUGGUGCAAGGAAGUCAAUAGGCAAUGGUUCUACUGUAAGCAUUCUCUUAGAUCCUUGGCUUCCCGAUCCACUUAAUCCCUAUGUCUUGUCUGAUCAUCCUGGAUUAUUAAAUCACAAUGUCUCUAGCUUGUUCUCUGGACAAUCUAAAAGUUGGGAUAUUGAUGUUCUUAAUGAUCUGUUUGCCGAUAGGGAUAAGAACCUCAUAUUAUCCAUCCAGUUGAGUGAGCAUCCCAUUACUGAUAAGUGGCAUUGGAGUGAAGACAAUAGUGGAUUUUAUACUGUGAAAAGUGCCUACUGGUUGUUGCAGCAGGCUACUCGUGCUGCUGUUGCUGUUAAUGACCAAGUUUUGUUUAAGUUUUUGUGGCAGCUGGACAUACCCCCGGAAGCCCAACAUUUUCUGUGGCGUGUUCUAGUGGGAUGCCUCCCUACCAAAAUUCAACUUGGCACUAAAAAUGUAAAUGUAUAUUUAUACUGUCCUUUUUGUAACUCGGCAUUGGAAACUAUUCGUCAUGUGCUGAUUGAGUGCCGGUUUGCAAGGUCCUGCUGGUGUGUUUCAAGUGUUCCUGCUGGUGUUGAUAAUGUUGAUUUCAAUACCUGGUUCUUUGAUCUCUCUAAGACAACGUCUACUGCUGUGGUGAAGGAGGCAGCAGUCAUUAGUUGGAGACUUUGGUCUGCUCGAAAUGAACUGCUAUGGAAUAAAAAAAUUUGUUCUGCUAUGGAUGUAGUCCGAUCGGCUAGAGUGUUGCUUGACCAAUAUAUUUAUGCUCAAUCUAUGAAAAUGGGUGCACUAUUAAUUAACAAUAUUACUAAUGUGGACGAGCAGUGGAGGAAACUAGUAUCUCAUAUGGUCAAGAUGAAUGUUGAUGGGGCUAUUUUUCAAAAUUGA